AUGGAUUUCCCAAUGAUGUUUGUUGGUCAGGUACCAUCACAAAGGCAAAAGAAGACAGCACAUCAAGCCAACACAUCCACUCAGAGAAUUACAAGACAAUCAAGGCAAAAACAACCAAUCAUAUCAAAGGCUAAAAAAAGGAGCAAUCAUCACCAAGCUUCUUCUCAAUCCGGCCAAGCUCCUCAACCAUCUCACCAAGCAGCUCAACCAUCUCAACCAUCUUAA